UAAGAAUUAAAUAAUAAUAUGGCCGCUGAAAAUUUUUGGGACAAUCUUCCAAGCGUUAUUAUUGUUGAAAUUCUCUCCUAUUUCUCGGUCAACGAGCGGCUUAAAGUAUCAACGAUAUGUAAGAAAUGGAGACAAAACUUAUUUCACCCAACGCUAUGGAGAAAAGCAACGAUAACACUCGACAAAAUGGAAACAAAAAAAUCGAAAAAACUUUUCCAGAUGUGCGGAAGAUUUUUCAGAGAAUGUGUUAUUGAGUUUAAUUCUGAGAGUCUUAAAUAUAUCAGUGACUGCGCCAAAGUGUUGUUAGCACUAUCAGAAAAUAGGCACAUGCAGACCUUGAUACUGAAACCAACAACGAUUGAUAUUUUCAAUUUGGAACUCAACCAAAGUGAAUAUCAGCAUUCGAGCCUUGGUUUACAAGAAAUGUUUGACAACAGUAUUCAAAAGAUUCUCGAAAACACAUCACUGAUGAAGCAGUUUUCUCUUGGCUACAUUGAACCUCUUGUUUUGGAGUCUCCUAAAUAUCUGGCCCAACUUUGCCGUCCCGUCUACAGCUUCCUAGAACACCUGAAUCUCAGUACGAUCACACAUGUGGACGACGACCGCCUACCUUUUCAUCUACCUGCCCAUUAUUUUGAGACAUUUGUGCAAUUGAAAUCUUUGGCUCUUGACUAUGAUCACGUAACAGAUGAGCUAUUGAAUGUCUUACAGUACAAUGGGAGGAGUCAAUUGGAAAAGUUGAUUAUCAAUGUACAUGAUGAUCCAAAUGGGAACUUCCAUAUUAUCCACAACAACAGCUGGCGAAAUUUGCGUGGUGUCAUUCCUGAAUUGAAAGUUACAUUGAACAUGCUACAUAGACAUACGAGUAAUGUCCAGAUUUCUGCCGUGGCAUCCAAUGUUGAUAACAUGUUAAGAAUCCUGAGACCUGCUAUGCCACUUGCCCAUUUGAGAAUGCUGAUGUGUGAGGAUAUCAACCCUGCAGCCAUUGAGUUCAUUGCAAUGCAUCACAGCUCCUCUCUCGAGUCAGUCUAUAUACUGGACUUUGUUAGCCCAACUGAGCAGGCCCAGUACGACAAUCUCAAUGAGCAGGAUCCUUUUGUAAUGCUCGCCUGGAAGUGUACUAAAUUGAGGAGUUUGACAAUCAUAGGGUAUGAGGUGAGUUGUGAGAAUCUCAUUGCGAUAUCUCGCUUACGAGGGAAGACUCUGAAAACCCUUGAUGUCCCUGAAUGUUGCAUCACCUCCUGGGAUGCUGAACAAGACCUUGACUACAGGGGCCUCACAUGGGAGAGCGUAGAAGAGAUCGGAAAUAAUAUUGGCAUGGAUGACUGGGAGCCAUUGUCAAUAAGAGAUCUGCCACAUGGAACUUUGGAGAGCCAUCGCUUCCCUAUUGACCUGGAUGUUAUGAAGAUACUCUUGCAGGAUUUCUAA